AUGCCAGGUUUUGAAAUUAAAGACCCAUAUACAGGUAUUCAAGUACCAUAUAAGUUACAAAAAGUAGCCUACUACAGAGAAAAUUUUCAAGUUUUCUUUAAAUGGACACCAAAGAUUAUUGGUACUUUAGCAAUCGUUGUUGGUGUUAUUCCAUUAACUUGGACUUAUUUAGUUAAACAACAACAAGAUCAAGAAGUUGUUGUUAAUCGUAAACCAAGAAAACUUUAA